GUAAUGAGUACUUUGCCCAUAACCAAAACAUAAUCAGAUGUGAAGUUGUAUUGAUUAGUAAGAAUAAAUUAUGCAGUUCUAAAUGACGUAAAUGUAGAAAAAAGACUUUAUGUGAUUUCUAUUUUUACUAAUACACAUGUUGAUGAGUUAAAAGUCACUUUAGAAAAUGGAAUAUUUUCAAGAAGUAGCAUUGUUUUAAAGAAUGGAAGGUGAUUCCAAUUUGGCAUUUUGUCCUACAUUCUGUAGCCACAAAAGAAAUACUACAUCUUUGUUAAGCUGUACGUUUUGAUCAACGGAAAUGAUGGAGGUGGUUGGUGACUAUGAAUACAGCAAGAAGGAUCUGAUAGGGCAUGGAGCCUUUGCUGUUGUGUUCAAGGGUCGACUCAGAAAGUACCCAGAGAAAACUGUUGCUAUCAAAAGUAUUACUAAGAAGAAUAUCGCAAAAUCACAGAACCUGCUCAGCAAAGAAAUAAAAAUAUUGAAGGAAUUAUCGGGACUCCAUCAUGAAAAUGUUGUACAGCUUAUGGAAUGUAAAGAAACGACCAAUCAUGUAUAUCUUGUCAUGGAAUAUUGUAAUGGAGGUGAUUUGGCUGAUUAUUUACAAGCUAAAGGUACACUCAGUGAGGAUACAAUCUCAAACUUCCUACGACAGAUAGCGGGUGCUAUGAGAGCAUUAAAUGGUAAAGGUAUUGUUCAUCGUGAUAUGAAACCACAGAACAUCUUAUUGUGCUUCCCCCCUGGUUCAAAAAAUCCACCAGCUUCUGAAAUUAACCUGAAAAUAGCUGAUUUUGGGUUUGCGAGAUUCCUGCAAGAUGGAGUUAUGGCAGCUACUUUGUGUGGAUCACCCAUGUAUAUGGCCCCUGAGGUGAUAAUGUCUCUACAGUAUGAUGCUAAGGCAGAUUUGUGGAGUAUAGGCACUAUAGUAUUCCAGUGUCUCACAGGCAAGGCACCAUUCCAGGCCACUACCCCACAACAACUGAAACAAUACUAUGAGAAAACUCUAGAACUUAGGCCUAACAUUCCCUCAGGAACGUCCCCAGAGCUCAAAGACCUGCUGCUGAAACUUCUCAAGCGUAAUGCUAAGGAUAGAAUAGAAUUUGAGGACUUUUUUAUCCAUCCAUUUGUGCGACCAUUAUCACCCGCUGCAUCAUCAUCCCCAGUGCCUGUACCAGGCAGAAGUCCGAGUUUCUCUUCAGACAGUCCAGCUUCCCUUAAGGCCAAUUCUGCGUCUCCGCUUUCUGGUAAAAUGGAAUAUUCCCCCUCACCUCCUCCAGUACAUGUACAAAAGUCAAAAAGUCCAAUGAAGUCUGAAAGAAUGCAGGAACCACCUGUUCACAUCACUGGUUCCCCUCGUGAGGUUGCUGGUUUCCUCAAGAUUGCAAAAGAAACUGAAACUGGUUCCCGGUGUAGUACACCAACAGAGAAUUAUCUCAGGAAAAAGUUUGUGCAUGUUUGGAAAAUUGAUAUGCCGUCAGUUUUGGAAAGAAAGCUUUUAUGUAGUAAAUCAAAGGACUUUGUGAUGGUCCCUGAAGGCUUGAGCCCCGAGCAUUCAGAUGCGGAUGGCAAGGCUAUCAAAAUGUCAACUGAAGAUGGCAUUGGUACAGAUAAAAGCAACACUGUUACUGUAACACCCAACUCUGGUGCUGCCCUCUACAGGAAAGAUUCAAACCCGAGUUUCAAUGUGAACCGCCCAUCCACUCUACAAGUGGCCUCACCAAGUGGCACACCACCAUCAUCAGAGCCAAUCCCUGUGCCCAGCCAAGUGGCAGCCUAUCAACGAAUGCAGAGUAACUCACCUCUUAGUCCACAAGUUUCAAAUAAGACCUUUGAAAGUGGAAGCCCACUGAAGACGAUAGUGGAGAAGAAGGAGUCUGGGUUAUCAAUACAAGGUUCAGAACUUAAACCAAAUAUAACGGACAUUUCCCCACCGGUGCAGUUCAGUAUAGGUACUCCACCAGGAAAUACAAACACCCCGGGGUCAUGGAGGAGAAGUAGUAUUUCUAACUCACCAAACAAAUAUGGUACCACUCCACCAUCCCCACUGAAAAAAUCAGGAUCAGUACCGGCACAUCUUUCACCAGUUCAGUUUACAGGACCCAGUUCCCUACCCACAAUAAUGGACUCCCCCACGAAGGUUCCUUCCACCCUGCACUUCCCUACAAAUAUAAAUGAGAUGCGACCUGGACUGGUCAGUAACGCAGCUUACCAGCGCCACCAUCCCUACACUGUACCGGAAAACCUCCAGGCAUUGGAGUUAAAUGGAAACUUGUUAGGAAAGCCAGGCUCAAGUUCUAGACCAUCAGAGGGAACCAGCAUGUUGUCACAGCAACUGUUCAAGGCAGCAUUUGGUGAAAGUCCACAGCAAGAUUCACGGACAAUGAUUCCAUUUGCUGGGUUUGGCAGUCGAGAGAGAAUUAAUUCUGGAAAUAGUGAUAAAUCAGAGCGAUCUGUGACGUAUGUAAGACGAGGUACGUCUGUGGAAGCGUCACCUCCACCGGCACUCAUGUACGCUCAGUCUCCCUCUAACAUGGAAGGUCCUAUUGCAUUUGUAGCACCAGAAUUGUCAGAAGAAACAUUAAUGGAUGAUAACCAUAAUGCAACAUUGGCCAAGUUGAACUUUGCCCUUGAUUUGGUUGAAUGCAUCCUGGAGGUUUCUAAAUCAAGAGGAGCACCUCUGAACUCUUUUUCCGAAAGUGUGAAUUGUAACAAGGGAGAGAAUCUGCCGGAACAAGUGCCAAAAUUUACAGAGUCUCAGCGACGACUUGAACAACUUAUACUCCAUGUACGAGCUCUUCAUUUAUUGUCGUCUGCUUUACAGUUAGCGAGGGAUGAAAUAAAAGCGGGAAAAUUGACCAUUUCAAACUCUGUCAAAACUGUUGUGAAACAAAUGAAUGAGCAUUAUCACAUAUGUGUACGAGUCAGUCGUGAGCUACAACAACGACUAGGAAGUUCCGUACAGACAGCAUUGAGUCCACAGAUCGUCAUAGCAACCGCAGAUAAACUAAUAUAUAAUUAUGCUAUUGAAAUAUGUCAAACGGCAGCAUUAGACGAGUUGUUCGGAAAUCCUCACGAGUGUUUCCGUAGAUACCAGACAGCACAAAUAUUGUUACACAGUCUAGCCCAGCAGUCACGAAACACUAGAGAUAAAGAAUCAUUGAAUAAAUAUAAAGCUGCAGUUGAAAGGAGACUAGCAAAUUUACAAGGAAAUGCAUAUUACCAACAAACAUUUGCUGCCAGCUGAUUGUGAUUCUAAACCGUACACAUUCAUCAAUACACACAUCUGUAAUAUAUAUUACACAGCAUAUAACUUGUACACACAGCAUAUAUAAAUAUGUGAGUGAUCGGGAAAACAUGUAAAUAGAACAGUUUCAAAGUAUUAUUAAAGUGGCAAAAUAUAUUUCCACAAAAAAAUGCAAAAGGAAAGACGGAAAGAUAAGAUAAAAAAAGUACAUUUUAAUGGGGUAUGGUAUAAAUAUGGGGAUGUCAUGUAUCAGUGAACAUUACAUGGCACAUAUAGAUGAACACCACAUGGCAUGUAUAGGUUGAACAACACAUGGCAUGUUUAGGUGGACACCACAUGGCAUGCUACAGUGAAUUUUUCGUUCUGUGCAUCAGUUAACAAGGCAUGAGUGACAUGCAUCAAUGCAGAUGAACUUAUUUGACUAAUGGGGCAUGAAGUCCCGAAUUUCACGACAGAGAAGCUGAAGUUGAGAACUAAAGUAGACAUACUGAAUGAUGUGUCAUGAUGCCACUAUAUAGGAAAGAAAAAGAGGGUAGAUAGACAAAUGUAAAUAGAUUAUGCUGCCAUGAUGUAAAUACAAAUAUAUAGGAAAAAAUGUUUGGACACAGUGUAUAUAGGACAGAAUGUGUAAAUAAUGUAUGCCUUUGGAACUCUUAUGUACAUAGAUAAAAGUGAAAACAAGUUUUUAAGACAUUUUUAUUAUUUAUGCUUUUAUGAUGAAUGGGAAUGAUGCAAUUAGAUAUUGUAAAGAAAGUAAGGAAUUUUAGUUGGACCAUGUUAAGAAGACAUGACAAAAAAAAGUCUUGGGCAAUAUUGAGUUGGAGACAAGAAGACGAUGACAUUUUGCAUGGCACCAAUACAGAUGUGUUGUAGACAAGAACUAUUGCUGAAAAAAGAUUUGUGAUGAAAUUAAGAAGUUAAAAUGUUGGAGACAAAAAGAUAUUGUGCUGCUUAGAAGAUCGUUACAUGAAAAAGAGCCGAGUUAUGAAAGUACUAUAUUAUAUUAUUGAAAAGUUAAAUACCCAGAAUAGCUCUGUUCUGAAAUAAGAAAAGUUUGUACUUUGGGAAGACAUGCUUGAUAUAAAAGCUCAAUUAUAAAAAUACUAAAUAAUUGGAGAGGUGAAAAUUCCAAAUAGAGCUGUAAGAAGUGCUGUUCUGAAAACAUGAAAAAAGUUUGUGCUGUGAAAAUGUUACAAAUGCUUGAAAAACAAGCUUAGAUUUAAUUGAUUGAAAUAAACAGAUUUUGGGGAGAAACCAACUUGAACUUGAAUGAAGUGUCAGUAUACUAGAGUUUUUGAAAAAUAUUUGAUAUACAUGUGUUGUGCUAACAAAAACAUAAUGUUGGUUAGGUAAGGAAGGGAAUAAAAAACUGUGAUUCAAGCAUAAACUUACAGAUUGAAUAUUGAAAGGCACAAGAACCACCUUUACAGUAAGACCUGUAAAAAAGAGUUAUAUUUAAUUUAAAAUGAUAUUUAAUUAUAUAG